UGCUACAAGUCCAGGACCAUGCUACAAUGUUAGGAGGAGUCGAGGACCGUUUAACCUUAUUACAAUUCAUGGGGGAUUUAGUCCGAGUCCCUUAUUUGUGGGGAACUUGGAGCCCUCCGUUCCAUUCCUAGGUGCCCUCGGCUGGUAUCCACUUGGACCAGUUGCGCAGAGAGAGUGAGAGGAGAAAAGAGAGGGAAAUUAGAGAGAGGGGCUCGAUUUGAGAGAGGAAGAGAGAGGGAAAUUAGAGAGAGAGGGGCUCGAUUUGAGAGCGUAGAAGAGCGAGGCAAAUUGAGACACAGAAUAAUGGCAGUGGAUCUGCCCUUAGAUGAGAAAGCAAGGAGAAUGAGGGAGCUCCUAUCGAGCUUCUACUCUCAGAACCAGGCCACCUCCAAUGGCGCUAUCAAAUCUGCUUCAUUGGACGCUAUUGAUUCCCCAUCCUUUGAUGCUGAUCAAUUUAUGGACCUUCUGAUUAAAAAAUCAAAUUUGGAAGGACUCCUUCAACGACAUGUUGAAAUGGCUGCUGAAAUUAAGAAUCUGGACACUGAUCUACAGAUGUUGGUAUAUGAAAAUUACAAUAAGUUUAUAAGUGCCACAGAGACUAUUAAAAGGAUGAACAACAACAUUGCUGGCAUGGAAACCAAUAUGGAGCAACUCCUUGAGAAGAUUAUGUCUGUUCAAUCUAAAAGUGAUGGUGUUAAUACGUCUCUUUUUGAAAGGAGAGAGCAUAUAGAGAAAUUGAAUCGCACCCGAAAUCUUCUACGUAAAGUUCAGUUCAUAUAUGAUCUUCCUGCUCGUCUUGCAAAGUGUAUCAAAUCGGAAGCCUAUGCAGAUGCUGUGAGGUUUUACAUUGGUGCCAUGCCUAUCUUUGAGGCUUAUGGGGAGUCAUCAUUCCAAGAUUGUAAGAAAGAAUCUGAACAAGCAAUGGCAAUCGUUACUAGAAACCUCCAGGCAAAGCUUUCUUUGGAUUCUGAACCCGUAGAAGCUAGGGCAGAGGCUGCUGUGCUUCUUAAACAAUUGAAUUAUCCGGUGGAUGACCUGAAAUCAAGAAUACUUGAAGAGAAGUUGGAACACCUGCUAUUGGCUCUUCAGCAUGAAGCCAAGGAGCCUGAACCUGCUCCAAUGAGUUCAGAUGUGCCCCCUGUAGUUGGAAUGGGAUCUGUGUCUCCAGACCCUCAUUCAAACAAGGCUUUUUAUGAGUUUGCGAAGACCGUCCGCGCCUAUAGAGUAAUAUUCCCAGAUUCAGAAAGACGUCCCAUUGAACUUGCACGCAAUCUGUUUUUGAAGCGGUUUGAGACCAUUCAGAAACAUAUAGAGAAAAAGAUUUCUUCUGUGGAUCUUUUGGCAAUGUUACGAUUAAUCUGGAAUGAUGUAUUAAUAAUGGAUGAAGUAUUGCCAGAAGCGGCUCUCCCCAGUUUUGCCUCAGAGGCUGCAAGUGUUGCAAUAAACCAAUACGUCUCACGUGCAUUCUCCUAUCUUCUGUCACAAGUUUCAGACGCUCUUACAGGAGUCAACAGCAAGCAAAAGGGGGGAUCUGAAGGAGAAAACUUGUUACAGAUAGCCUUGGAGAGUGGCAAAAAAGUAGUUACUCAAGGCAGCAUGGAUCUCUUACUGGAAUUACGCCAACUUAUGGAUGAUGAUCUUGUAUUAGUUGCAAGACUCAAAGACCUGUAUAUUGAUUGGGUUCAAGAAGGACUCCAAGGCUUCUUUAGGGCCCUGGAUGACUAUUUCCUUAUGCUCUCUGGUAAAAGUAAUCCAGCCAGUCAGGGUGCAGGUUCAAUAGAUGGGAUACCAGUGGACAAAGUGCUACCAGGACUCAUUCUUGUGUUAGUCCAGCUGUCCGUUUUUAUAGAACAAAAUGCAAUUCCAAGAAUUACUGAGGAAAUAGCUGCUUCUUUUUCUGGAGGUGGGGCUAGAGGUUAUGAAGAUGGACCACCAUUUGUUCCUGCUGAAGUCUGUCGAAUAUUUCGCUCUGCUGGUGAAAAGUUUUUGCAUGUGUAUAUCAGUAUGAAAACAAAGAAAAUAUCUGUUCUUCUCAAGAAGAGGUUCACAACACCAAACUGGGUCAAGCAUAAAGAGCCAAGGGAAGUUCACAUGUUUGUGGAUUUGCUUCUUCAAGAGUUGGAAGCUGUUAGGGCUGAAGUGAAGCAAGUUUUGCCUCAUGGGGUUGUCCGAAAGCACCACCGAUCUGAUAGCACUGGGAGUACAAACUCCUCACGCAGCAAUCCUAUUCGCGACGAUAAAAUGGGCCGCUCCAAUACACAACGCGCACGCAGCCAGCUGCUCGAAAGCCAUCUGGCCAAGUUAUUCAAACAAAAAAUGGAGAUCUUCACCAAAGUCGAGUACACACAGGAAUCUGUGGUUUCAACUAUAGUGAAGCUUUGUCUGAAGAGCUUCCAAGAAUUUGUGAGGCUUCAGACAUUCAAUCGGAGUGGCUUUCAACAAGUUCAGCUUGAUAGUCAGUUCCUGAGAAUUCCUCUAAAGGAGAUUGUGGAAGAUGAGGCUGCCAUUGAUUUCUUGUUAGAUGAGGUGUUGGUUGCUGGUGCCGAACGUUGCCUUGACCCAAUUCCUCUUGAGUCUGCCAUUUUGGACAAGUUAAUACAGGCAAAGCUGGCCAGAAGUUAAGCAAUAGCUGGUUUCUCUAUGUAGGACUUUUCAUAUUUUUUGACAAAUUUACUAAAUUCAUUUCCUUUUCUUUUUUAUCUUUUCACUGUAUUUUUUGUCAGAAAUUAUAAUUGCGCCUGAUUAUUUUAACACCUAGAAACCUGUAGAUCAUGUAUCCAUAUACUUGUCAUCAAACUUCUGUUGUUGUAGUGUCAUCACAAGUUACUAUUUGAGAACAGUUGUAGGGUCAUGGAAAAA